AUGGUUUCAGACAAUCAUACACCAACACCAUUAUAUUCUCUUGGAUCAUCAUACACAUCAUCAAUAUAUGAUCCAUCAAAUGAUACUUUUCUUUUAAUGGAUGUGUUAGAAGAACAUAAAAAUGAAUUGAUAUCUCUUAAGCCAUUACUAGUCUUUGAAAUAGGGAGUGGAUCGGGUGUAGUAACAGCAUUUAUAAGAAAAUUACUUGAAUCAGAGAUAAAUUUUAUUUCAUUAACGAGUGAUGUAAAUUUUAAUGCUUGCCGUUGUACACAAGAAACUUGUUUAAUGAAUCAUUUUGUAAAUAAAGUAGAUUCUGUAUGUUGUGAUAUAUUAGAACCAUUUUUACCAAGAAUUUGUAAUAAAAUUGAUCUAUUAAUUUUUAAUCCACCAUAUGUUUUGACAGAAAAUGAACCCAGAUGCGAAGAGGAACUUUGUUUUGCAGGUGGACCAAAUGGAAGACAUGUGUUAGAUAAGUUGUUACCAAGAUUAAAAGAUGUUUUGACUAUAGGUGGGAGAUUUUAUGUUAUUGCAUUAAAAGAAAACAAUAUUGAAUAUUUGAUUAACUUUAUUGAUGAAGGACAUUUAGAAUGUAGUGUUGUUGGAAAUAGAAUUAGAGGAUGCGAAAAUUUAUUUGUUUUAAUGUAUAAGAGAAUAUUUUAA